AUGAGAAAUAUCUUUGUUUUGACGAUACUCGCGUUGACCUUCAUAGCGGGUUUCGCUUUUGCGACUGAAUCACCGACCGUGCAAGGCGAAUACAUUGAAGCCCGUUCCGCGAGUGUUUAUGUCGGGGCAUGCCACUUUGGUGCCGAAUAUGUGGAAGGUGGCAGAGAGGCAACCGCAGUCUGGAAUAUUCAGAGUGGAAGUUGGAACGACGUUUCGCUGGAAAACCUAACCGUCGUUGCCGUCAUCAGCGGGAAAAGCAACUUGGCAAUCGAUACCAAGACUCGCAAGAGCGUGUUGUAUAUGGAUCCGAGCACUACACCGGAACAGCGUGCCGCGCUUAGCGAUAUGCUUACUACGAAAUACGCUGAUGUCUUGGGCGGAGUCGUCGCGACACAAACCGCUUCUAUUGAAUUCACGAAAGAAGGGACCAGAUACGAUGUAACCGUUGGCGAAGUUCUUAAACUAUCUGCCAAUCGUUAUCCGUGUGCCGGAUGCACACAACCACAUCAAGUCUGGUACAAACCGCUGACAACGAUUCAGAACGCCAUUGUUGGCAAAUCUGAAGUCUAUCGCUAUAAAGACACACACCUCCCGGUGACGUGGCAGCAAAGCGGAACAGAGAACAACGUCUUUGUCGGUGCUUUCUCGAUUUAA